AUGGACCUUGAGAAACAGGCCUUAGCACGCGUUUUGAUUACUGCCGUGAUGCAUCGCUAUGCAUCGCAUGCACGUGAUCGCGCCGACUGGAACGCCAUUGCCAGCUGUUUUGAACCAGAUGGAACUUACCGUUUAUCGAACGGUCGUGAGAUACUCCCAAGUCAAGCGAAAGAAGUCGUCCGGGGUAACGAGGCCAAAUAUAUCCGUCACCAUAUCACAACGAUCGAUAUUGUAUUUGUCAAUGAAGAUGAAGCACACUCGAACGCCCAAUUCUUUGCCACAACCGAACACAAAUUUCUUGAUCACUCGGGACACUGGAGGGACAUAUUUUGGAGACAGAAAGACGGGUCGUGGUUGAUACAUGAUCGGACUAUCGUGACCGAAAAACAAGAUCCGGAGGGUUGGUCUGCCAAAGUGUGUGGGGAGGAUGCCCUUCUCAUGUCAAAGAGAUGUAAAUAA